AUGUCGACCCGACAGAGAGGUGCGCUCGGCUCGGCAGCGCGGCAGUGGCCAAUAGGACUUUCGGGUAAUUGUUAUAAUCGAGGGCGACGGGGCCCCGGGCAACACAGCGAUGAUACUUGUUCGCGGGUAGUGGAGGAGUCCCUUGCACCUCUCCACAAUCAAGCAGUACCAAGGCUCGCGGCCCCUGGGGACGGGUAUUGGUAUGGCUGUGCAGUUACUGUCGGGGCAGCCAGACGAAAAAAGAUCAAAAGCAAAAAAAAGCAAAUAAUAACCCAUGGGGGACCUGACCCGACCCCCCUAACCGCACCCGGGUACGGAUUGGCGGGCACGGCGUUGCGUCAGGCCCAGAAAUGGAAGCGGGAUUCAAGAUCGGUAAUUCGAAGGUCAGUAGCUGAAGGCGGUGGUGGUUGGUGGGGAUCUUACGCAGAACGGCUGUGCUGGUCGGCAAUAGAAUGCUAA